UUUUUUUUUCCCCCCUUAUAGGACUCCUUCAUCGUCUGGUGGAUGGAGUAAAGGAAUGCAGGAGACAGCCGUGCUCUAGGAUUUUAUUCCAACCCUGUUGUGCUAGACAAUACUGCUGAGACGGGCUUUGGGUCCAUUGGGCUGUUGCUGCCUAGUGCGGAACAAGAGGUUCCACAACAAAAGGGAAUAAAAUUUUGGAUUAGAAGAAAGUCUUGUGUGACCAGGGGAACAGGACUUAGGAAGCAGUUGGCCUGAAGUAUAAUCCCGCAUCCAUUGCUAUCUAGAAAAUGUCUUAUGGAUCCAUUGAUGGGAGUGGAUUUGGGAGCAGGAAUCCAUUUGGAGGCCCUUCGAGACAAGGCUAUCAACCUCUUGCCACCCAGAUUGAUCCGAGUGAACUACAGGAACUUUUUCAGGAGACUUCAGCCAAUGUCUUCCGAAUUAACUCCAAUGUGACCUCGCUGGAAAGAAGUCUUCGAUCACUGGGGACCUCAAAUGAUACUCAAGACCUGCAGGAUGGACUGCACGCAACCCAGCAGGAGACUAAUAAAACCAUCACGACUAGCACCAAAGCCAUCAAGCAGCUGUCUGAGGUUGUCAGAGGUUCAUCCAGGCAAGAGCGACUUCAGCUGGACAGGCUGAAGAACCAGCUGUCCGAUGCUAUCCAGAGAUAUGGGGCUGUGCAGAAGAAAAUAGCAGAGAAAUCCAAAGCGUUGCUUCCUACUGGGCAGAGAAGUACCAAACAGCAGAGCCCUAGGACUCCCUUCUCUGACCUACCUGAUGAUGAGAAAAUCUUUAAUGGAGGAGAUGGUGUGGGGCAGAACCAGAGCCAGGAUCAAGCCUUGCUCUCGGAAAUCACAGAAGAGGAUCUGGAGGCCAUCCGUCAGCGGGAAGAGGCCAUUCAGCAGAUUGAGAGUGACAUGUUGGAUGUGAACCAGAUCAUUAAAGACCUGGCCUCCAUGGUGCAUGAGCAAGGAGACACAAUAGAUAGUAUUGAAGCCAACAUUGAGACUGCAUCUUCUAACGUAGAAUCGGCCAAUGAGCAGUUGGCAAAAGCCAGUCAGCACCAACUACGAGCCAGGAAGAUGAAGUGCUGCCUUCUCACUGUCGCACUGGCUGUCCUGCUGUUCGUUGUCAUAAUCAUUGCGGUCUCAGUCAAGCACUGAUCUGGCUACGGUUUCCACAGACCCUGUGCACCCUGGGAAGUGGAAUGGAUUCUCAAGGCUUUUCACAUUCAGGCCCUACGUCAAUAUCUGCUUUACUGAUCACCUUCUAUUAAAACUGCUAUAGUCAACAAACACUAAUUGUAUGAAAGAAAAGCUGUUUUAUACUGUGUGUUAGUAUAAUUAUUAAUAUUUUCCUUUUUUUUUCUU